AUGGCGCAUUUGUAGGUGGUGCGCCAUUAAUAACCUGGGACCAGCUAGAUAUUUUGGACAGAGGAGGGGGAGGCAAUCAUCGGUAGCCAUGGGCGUGAGCAAGGAGGACAUCGAGGCCGCCGUCGCCGCCGCGCUCAGCCCCACCCACCUCGUGGUCACAGAUACAUCCGGCGGGUGCGGCGCGAGCUACGGGAUCGAGGUGGUGUCGGGGAAGUUUGAGGGGAAGCGGCUGCUGGAGCGCCACCGGAUGGUCAACACCGUGCUGGCGCCGCUCAUGGCCGAGAUCCACACCGUUUCCAUCAAGGCGCUCACCCCCGCGCAGGCCGAGGCCCAGCCCCAGCCGUCGCUGCCCCCCGUCACCGCCGACAAGGCCUGA